AUGGCGUUCUACAGCUCUUUAUCGCGUCCGCAUUGGUAUCGACUACUACGGGUGCAGGUGCUGAGGCUUUCGAUCGAAAAUCGACAGGAAACGUGCAGGUUGGCGUUUCAUGAGCAGAAAAGGAACUGGCGGCAGUUUGCGUCUGCAAACGGCAAUGCUGCUGGUGCUGCUGACGGGAACGCUGUACCCAACGUAGAGCCUUCGGGAACGGAGCAGAGCUCGAAGGAACCUAAUGAUCUUUGUACGCUAGAAUCUCAGAGGAAAGCGGUUCUAGAUCGGAUGAUUCGUGUAGAUCACGCAGGCGAGAUCGGUGCUCGCCGCAUCUACGACGGGCAGUUACGCGUCCUCGGAGGUACGCCCGCAGCCCCAAUCAUACACCACAUGGCGGAGCAGGAACGACGGCACGCAGAAGUCUUCGAUGAGCUCGUAAAGCGGUACCGGGUGCGGCCGACAGCGCUACUACCGCUUUGGAACUUGGCCGGCUUCUUACUGGGUGCUGGUACAGCGUUAUUGGGGCGCGAGUCCGCCAUGGCCUGCACCGUUGCCGUCGAAGAGGUCGUGGCACAACACUACGAUGAUCAGCUGCGGGAGCUCAUUGCUUUGGAGAAACAGCACGCCUCGGUAGACGGAGAUGUUGGACCCGCAGGAGCAGCCAAAUCGCCUGAAGCGCAGCUGCGUCACUACAUCCGACAGUUUCGUGACGAGGAGCUAGAACACAAGGAUACUGGUCUGGAACACGGCGCCGAGCUGGCUCCGGCAUAUCGUUUACUUUCUUUCGCUGUGCGAACAGCAUGCCGCGCAGCUAUAUUCGUUAGCGAACGGAUCUAA